AUGGGCACCAGCGAUAUAGCACAGAGGCCAACUAAGAGCUCGUCUAAUAUUGAUGUUAUAAAGAAGAAAUCAUGUCUGCCUCAAACACAUAUUCUCUUCCUGAAAACUCACAAGACGGGCAGCAGCACCAUCAUGAACAUCCUGUUCCGUUUUGGAGAAUCACACAAUCUGACCUUUGCCCUACCGACUUAUGACGCAGCACAGUUCUUUUAUCCUUUAUAUUUCAAUGCAGCUUUUGUGGAAGAUUAUAUAAGGAAGGCCAUUCAUCAUUUUGAUAUCAUGUGUCACCACAUGCGAUUCCAUUUGGGAGAGGUGGAGAAGGUGAUGCCGAAGGAUACUUUCUAUUUCACUAUAUUACGAAAUCCUGUGUCGCUAAUGGAAUCAUCUUUCACAUAUUUCAAGGCUAUAGACAUCUUCAUUAAUGCUAGUAGCCUGGAAGAAUAUAUAAUGAAUCCCUAUAAAUUCUAUAACAAAACAAGUAAAUACAGCAGUUAUGGCAGAAAUUUAAUGACCUUUGACCUUGGUUUUGACCACAAUGGACCAAAGUCAUCAAAGUACUUCCAACUAGCCCAGAAAACUGUAGAGAUAAUGUUUGACUUGGUCCUUAUAUCAGAGUACUUUGAUGAGUCACUAGUGCUUCUGAAAGAUGCCCUUUGCUGGACUUAUGAUGAUGUCCUGUCAUUUCCGUUAAACAUCAGAAGUAACUUCACCAGAAAUGUCCUCCCUGUGCGUGUUCAGGAGAAGAUCAAGAUUUGGAACCAGCUGGACUGGCAACUGUAUGUUUAUUUCAAUAAAACUUUUUGGGAAAAGGUGGAUGAAUUUGGACGAGAGCGGAUGCAACAAGAAGUAGAAGAACUUCAAAGGAGGAGGACUUUGCAAUCGAAGAUCUGCCUACAAGGUCAAGUGGAUCCAAACGAAAUAACAGAUGAGUCUCUGAAACCAUAUCAGGCCGGGAUAGCCAGAAUCCUGGGUUACAACCUGAAGCAAGGGCUAGGAGGGGCUGAGAGGUCACUGUGUAAAAGACUUGUCACCCCAGAGCUUCAAUACACCAAUUUGUUGCUGAACAAACACAAACAAAAAACUGGUAAAACUAAAAUAGUGAAAAAGAUUCUCAAACGCAAAGUUUCCAAAUUUGGCCACAAAUAA